CGGCUGGUUAGCUUGUGAAUGCCAGAUGGAAACGGCACCGUUAUUUAUGAACCAAACCAGCUAGCCGACUAGCUUAGCAUUUAACAAUUUGGGUCAAAACAAUGCCGUGACAACCAUAGCGAACUCAGAAUGAAUAGCCCUCUGCGUUUUUGAGUCGGAAUAAAAAUGACAGGCAUCAGGGCACGUUUGUCAAUUCUGAGGCAGAGGCUGAAGCUGGACUUAUUCAAAGAAGUCGGGCGACAGUACCCAGUGUUCUGCUUUCUCCUUGUUAUUUUGCUUUUAGCCACUGUUCUUUUGAAUAGAUUUCUCCACAUUAUUAUGGUUUUCUGGUCCUUUCUGGCCGGCGUUGUUACGUUCUAUUGCUCAUUUGGACCAGACACUCUACUACCCAACAUAUUUCUGUCCAUUAAGCCAAAGGUUAAGCAAGAUCAGCAGGAGCUGUUUCCACUGGGGCACAGUUGUGCAGUCUGUGGCAAGAUCAAAUGCAAAAGACACAGACCAACAUUGCUUUUAGAAAACUACCAACCUUGGCUGGACCUAAAAGUGCCCUCCAAGGUGGAUGCCUCUCUAUCAGAGAUUUUGGAGUUGGUGCUUGAAAAUUUUGUGUACCCGUGGUACAGAGAUAUCACAGAUGAUGAGGCUUUUGUGGAUGAGCUCAGAGUCACCCUGCGCUUCUUUGCUGCAGUGUUGGUGCGUCGAACGCAGAAGGUGGAUGUCUCUUCACUCAUCACGCAGAAACUGCUCAAAGCCGCCAUGAAACAUAUUGAGAUUAUUGCCAAAGCAAGGCAGAAAGUGAAGAACUCUGAGUACUUGCAGCAGGCAGCCCUGGAGGAGUAUGGGCCAGACCUGCAUAUGGCGCUACGCAGCAGGAGAGAUGAGCUGCUGUACCUGAGGAAGCUGACGGAGAUGCUCUUCCCCUACAUUCUGCCACCCAAAGCAACGGACUGCAGGUCUCUUACUUUCCUGAUAAAGGAAGUGUUGACUGGUUCCGUUUUCCUCCCCUCCAUGGACUACUUGGCUGAUCCUGAUACAGUGAACCAUCUGCUGCUGAUAUUUAUAGAAAAUUCUCCGCCAGAGGCAGUGACAGAGCCGUCACCAGCCCUAGUGCCCUUCCUGCAGAAGUAUGCUGAACCUCGCAAUAAUAAGGCCUCGGUGCUGAAGCUGGAGCUGAAGGAAAUCCGUGAGCAGCAGGAUCUGCUUUUCCGCUUCAUGAACUUCCUGAAACAGGAGGGUGCCGUGCACGUCCUGCAGUUCUGCUUGACAGUAGAGGAGUUCAAUGACAAGAUCCUGUGUCCAGAACUGACUGAUGCGGAGAAGCUCAUGCUGCACGAGGAGGUGAAGAAGCUCUAUAUAACCUACUGUCUGGAUGAGAGCAUUGAUAAGAUUCGCUUCGACCCCUUCAUCGUGGAAGAAAUCAGAAACAUUGCUGAAGGCCCAUAUGCUGGUGUGGUGAAGCUCCAGACCAUGCGCUGCCUGUUUGAAGCCUACGAGCACGUCUUAUUCCUGUUGGAGAAUGUCUUCACACCCAUGUUCUGCCACAGCGACGAGUACUUCAGACAACUUUUGAGAGGGGCCGAGUCCCCUACCAGGAACUCCAAGCUGAGCAGAAAUAGCGUGAGUUUGGAUGACAUCCGAAACACGUCAAAACGAGGAGAAUCCUUUGGGAUCGGUCGAAUUGGGAGUAAAAUCAAAGGCGUGUUUAAGAGCACUACUAUGGAGGGGGCCAUGCUACCCUCCUAUGGACUGGCGGAGGGAGAGGAUGACAUGGUGGAGGAGGCCACUAUGGUUCUUGAAGACGAUGCUCCGAUGGAGGCCGUCAGCACCCCCAGCACCCCUCGCAACCUCUCAGCCUGGGACAUCACCAUCCCUUACGUGGACUUCUUUGACGACGAGGUCAAGAAAGAAAGGAUCCCAGUGUUCUGCAUUGACGUCGAGCGGAAUGACAGACGUGCUGUGGGUCACGAGACAGAGUGCUGGUCUGUCUACAGAAGAUACAUUGAGUUUUACGUCCUGGAGUCGAAACUCACAGAGUUUCACGGCUCCUUUCCAGAUGCACAGCUGCCGUCUAAAAGAAUAAUUGGCCCAAAGAACUACGAGUUCUUAAGAUCCAAACGGGAAGAGUUCCAAGAAUAUCUACAGAAACUAGUACAACACCCGGAACUCAGCAAUAGCCAGUUGUUGGCGGACUUCCUCUCUCCUCACAGUAUGGAAUCCCAGUUCCAUGACAAGAUGCUCCCCGAUGUCAACCUAGGAAAGAUAAUUAAAUCUGUACCGGGAAAGUUAAUAAAAGAAAGAGGACAACACCUGGAACCCUUCAUACAGUCAUUCUUCAACUCCUGUGAGUCACCCAAGCCAAAACCCAGCAGACCUGAGCUGACAAUCCUCAGCCCCACGUCUGAGAACAACAAAAAGCUUUUUAAUGAGUUGUACAAAAACAAUGCCAGUCGCUCUGAAACCAGUGAGAAGAAGCAUAAUCAGAAUUACUUCAUGGAGAUGAUCACUGUGGAUGGAGUUUAUGACUAUUUAAUGUAUGUUGGCAGAGUAGUCUUCCAUAUCCCUGACUGGUUGCACCACCUUUUAAUGGGUGGAAGAAUAUUGUUGAAAAAUACACUGGAGGCCUACACCGAUUACUACCUGACACUCAAGCUGGGCCAAGUUGUGUUGGAGCAUCGAGUGGUCUCACUCAUCACACUACUGAGAGAUUCUGUAUUCUGUGAAUCCUGUGAACCCCGCCCCCUUCAAGAUAAGCAAAAAAGAGCUAAGAAAACGUUUGAAGAAAUGAUGCACUAUAUACCAGAUCUUCUAACAAAGUGUAUUGGAGAAGAAUCAAAAUAUGAAGGGGCUAGACUUCUCUUUGAUGGACUCCAGCAGCCAGUUCUAAAUAAACAGUUGACCUACGUCUUGUUGGACCUGGCAAUCCAAGAGCUCUUCCCAGAACUUACCAAGGUACAGAAAGAGACAUAUCUUCUGAUGGCCCCAUGGAUGUAGGAAGCUACCCAGUCACUGUUGUCCUCUUAGCAUCUGCUGCAUGUGCAAUCUACUGUGUGAAUGCAAUACACACCACACUGAUCUUUUGACCGUAAUACAUUUCCUAACCUGCUCUGUGUAAUGUUGGGGAAUGACUCACUGUAAUGUAUUUUGAAAAAGAAUGUUACUGUAACUGUUGUUGUAUGUAAUGUAGAGAACUAAAUAAAAUAUUUAUUGCUUAAUUCA